UUUUCUAAGAUUCCACGUUGAGUCGCGUCGACAGCGUCCUUCAGGUGUUUAAAUUAAAUGAAAAAAUACAAAAAAAUCAAGAAAAAAGCAACGUUUAAAUAUUUGGAGUACAACCACAAACACACGUAGAUAUCAAAAUGUCUGUGAUGGGAGAACCUAGUUUCGCUGCUUGGGCAGCACAAAGGGCUGUAGGAUUUGGUGGAAAUAUAACUGUAGUAGACAAGGUUCCACCUGAAAUGCUCCACAUGGUCGAUGCUUAUUGGUACCAGUACCCACCCAUGAACCCCUUAUGGCACGGUAUUCUGGGGUUCGUCAUUGGUGUUUUAGGAGUAAUAUCAAUUGCAGGAAAUGGCAUGGUGAUUUAUAUAUUUAGCAGUACCAAAGCUCUGAGGACCCCAUCGAACUUGUUGGUUAUAAAUCUGGCACUGUCCGAUUUUCUCAUGAUGUUUACCAUGUCUCCUCCUAUGGUUAUUAAUUGUUAUAACGAGACUUGGGUACUAGGUCCUCUUUUCUGCGAAAUCUACGGCAUGUUUGGUUCGCUGUUCGGCUGUGGCUCCAUCUGGUCAAUGACAUUUAUCGCCUUGGACAGAUAUAACGUCAUCGUCAAAGGACUCAGCGCUAAGCCUCUAACACACAAGACGGCCAUGUUGCGAGUUUUGCUAAUUUGGGCCAUGUCGGUUGGGUGGACCAUUGCGCCCAUGUUCGGGUGGAAUAGAUACGUUCCUGAAGGUAACAUGACUGCGUGCGGCACUGACUAUCUCUCCAGAGAUAUACUGAGCGUUAGCUAUAUCUACGCGUACGGAUUCUUCGUCUACUUCUUGCCAUUGUUCAUCAUAAUCUAUUCGUACUUCUACAUUGUUCAGGCUGUAGCAGCUCACGAAAAAUCAAUGAGGGAACAAGCCAAGAAAAUGAACGUUGCCUCUUUAAGAUCUUCGGAGGCAUCGCAAACUAGUGCCGAAUGCAAACUGGCCAAAAUCGCCCUUAUGACCAUUUCCCUAUGGUUCAUGGCGUGGACUCCAUAUUUGGUCACUAAUCUUUCGGGAAUUUUGGGCAAUUCCAAAAUCACACCGCUGGCAACGAUAUGGUGCAGCUUAUUUGCUAAAGCCAAUGCCGUUUAUAAUCCUAUAGUGUAUGGAAUAAGUCAUCCGAAGUAUCGGCAAGCACUCCACAAGAAAUUCCCGUCACUGGCGUGCGCUGGAGAACAACAACGGGACGACACAACAUCUGUGGUAUCAGAAGCCACACAUGUAACAGCUGAUGAAAAACCAGCAGUAUAAGAAAAAUUAUUAACUAAUCUAAAUUUGUAUAUAUUGUUAAAAAAUAAACCCUGCAAUAAAGA